AUGACCGGACGUGUAUCACCGGACGUGUAUCACCGGACGUGUAUCAACGGACGUGUAUCAACGGACGUGUAUCACCGGACGUGUAUCAACGGACGUGUGCCAAUACAAAGCAGCAACACAGCAAAUGAUGCGUUGACACGAAAUGUGACAACAUUUCAGCAUCUAUUUGUUCUGCGUGAUAAUCUGGAAGGAUCACUGAGGAAGGCGGAUGGCAAUCAGGGACGAGCUCCAAGAACACCUACAACACAAGAGGCUCCAAGAACACCUCCAACACAAGAGGCUCCAAGAACACCUCCAACACAAGAGGCUCCAAGAACACCUACAACACAAGAGGCUCCAAGAACACCUCCAACACAAGAGGCUCCAAGAACACCUACAACACAAGAGGCUCCAAGAACACCUACAACACAAGAGGCUUCAAGAACACCUACAACACAAGAGGCUCCAAGAACACCUACAACACAAGAGGCUCCAAGAACACCUCCAACACAAGAGGCUCCAAGAACACCUACAACACAUGAGACUCCAAGAACACCUACAACACAAGAGGCUCCAAGAACACGUCCAACACAUGAGGCUCCAAGAACACCUCCAACACAAGAGGCUCCAAGAACACCUACAACACAAGAGGCUCCAAGAACACCUCCAACACAAGAGACUCCAAGAACACAACUUUGA